AUGGCCGUCACCCGCACCUCGAGAACGCUUGUCCGGCGGUCUUCUCGCCUAAGCGCGCCAGCGCUCCCUGGCUAUAAGGGCAUGGUUGUACUCCCAUAUCUUGAUCUCGAGGCCGCGAAGUCGCCAACAAUGAUGUCGAGCUCCCUGCGCAAGCGAAACACGGCAACGCGGGUAUCGCAAGACGUCGCUGGGCCAGUCAGUCGCGAUCAUCUGGUCACUGCGGAGGCCUCUGCCAGCGUAAACCCCGGGCCCACAUCUGGCAGGGAGUCAGCUCGCGCUCGCGCUCAGAUGGCGGAGGUUGACACGACGGCUCGUACAGGCGACGAUGUUCAUCAUUGCGUAGCCUUAUUGCGAGGGAUAAGCGUCGAGAUCUUUUGCUCGGACGCCGCAUUGGCAGAGUGCCGUGCUACAUUCCGUGCCGCCAUAGAUCUUUCCAGUGGUCAAGCGCCGUACCACGAGGGGGGCAACUACGAAGAUUUUCAACGAGGUUGUCAUGACAGUCCGAAUCCGUACUCUGCCGAAGCCGUUUUGCUUCUGCUCUUCGAGAUGCAGGCGCGCGGGCAUAGUCUCGCAGAGUUACGAGAGCAUCGUGAUGCCAUGCAACGUCAUUGGCAGGCGCUUGCGUCGGAUAAUAUCGAUCUAGAGGGUGAAUGGAGGUUCGACACAACCUUGAACGUGUGGAAGGGGAAUCCGUGCCAGUCGUCGUGCAUGCUUUAUGCAUUUACGCGCAUAACGGUCUGGGUCGUGCGCAAGCUCAUAGAGAGGACCGAAGCCUGGCGGGAACUACACGGCCUGUAA